AUGGAUAAGCGCAAGGGAAAUUCCAACGACGAUCUGUUUAGCCUAAUCAGGGAAGGGGAGAAUCACCGGGGGAAGGCCUUCCCCACAGGAGCGACAAACCAGUAUGGGAAAGACAAACCGGGUGUUGAGGCUCCCCAGGAGAAUCGCCUCCCCCUGAAGGAGGACGACGUGACCUACAAGUACGUAGAAGAAAUGGAAGCAAAAAAAAUUAACAUCCGUGGAGUGGACAUAGAAUACCGUGUGUACAAUUUAGAAGAAGGAAUAUACAUUGUAGAUAACGCAAAUUAUGAGAAGAUAAAAAAAUUGUGGGAUGAAGACGAAUUGAAGAAGGCCAAAGAAAAUUUCCAAGGAUCUUUUGGCAUAAAAAAUCAGGGCAUUAAAGAGGAGGACUGGAUUAUGCUGCCACUAGAUUAUGAUGAAGAUAAGAAUAUCAAAUUGGUGAAGGCAGAUUUUGACAACCCCACGUAUGAUUAUAUAAUCACGUACUACGAUAAGGAGAGGAAUUACCAUUUUGAAUAUAAAAGGAGAAAUUAUUACAAGCCGUUUCGAAACACAGAGCAUGAGACACCACCAUACAAAUCUGAGUUAGAGGAAGACAGAAGAUACUAUGGCAAAGAAAUUAUCAUUCCUAAGAAAAAGCUAGACAAUGAAAUUUUUAGGCAACCAAUGUUGAGUGACGUUUUGACAGGGGGAUGCAAUAGAGAACCCAUAGGAUUAGAAUCAUGGAGGUAUGUAAAAUACCCAUACGGAAAUUUAAUUGAGUAUCAAAAAUACAGCCAACUUUAUUGUGUUAAAAAAAAUGGGAAAGAUAAACCCGUUAUGAGAUACCACUAUUUGGGGAAUAGCAAUUUAGCUGUUUCUGAAAUUUGCCUAGGCACCAUGAAUUUCGGAAACUACGUGGAUCAGAAAUUGGCCCACGAAUUAUUUGAUUAUGCUUAUGAGGAAUUCCAGGUGAAUUUUUUCGACACGGCAGAAAUUUAUCCCCUGCCUGUGAGCGAGAACUACUUUGGCUUGUCGGAGGAAAUUUUGGGGAACUGGAUUAGGGCUAAGGGGAAGGCCAACCGGCACAAGUUCGUCAUUGCGACGAAGAUUUGCGGCAGGACGGAUAGGAUUCCCUGGGCUAGGAAGUACAAGCGGGGGGGAGCGGCUGGAGCUGUUGGAGCGGCGGCUGGGUCAGCGGCUGGGACAGCGAACGGACAGGGAAGCCGCUACGAGGGAAGCCGCUACCAGGACAACCGCGAGCGGGAGAGCAAAAGCCCGAUGGAAAAACUCGAGGAGCUAAAGAGAAAGGAGGAACUAUACCUCAAAAAGGACUACGAAGCGGUGGAAAAUAUGAAAGAACUGGAGAAGGGGAAGCAGAGUGAGGGAAGUGACAACCUAAUCACACUGAGCAAGGAGAAUAUCAUUUCGAGCGUGGAUAGCUGCUUGAUGAGGCUGAAGACGAAUUACAUAGACUUGCUGCAACUGCAUUGGCCAGACAGGUACUACCCCGAUCAGUCUUCGGGAGAUUAUAGCCACGUGCUUUACGACUAUAAUAAGUACUAUGACGAUUUUGUGCCCUUUGUAGAGCAGCUGCAAGCAAUUAAUGAGUUAAAAAAAAAAGGGAAAAUUAGAGAAUGGGGGUUAAGUAAUGAAACUCCCUUUGGAUUACUCAAAUUUUAUGACUUAUGCAAACAGUUACAUAUAUCUCCACCCGUAUCGGUGCAGUUAGAAUACAAUUUAUUAUGCCGUAAUGAUGUAGAAAAAGGGUUUCUAGAAAUUUGUAGGCCCCAAAAUGCGAAUGUGUCCAUUUUGGCUUAUUCCCCCUUAUGUGCUGGGAUCUUAACGGGGAAGUAUUUAGAGUACACGGAUUACACCACGAAGGGGAGAAUGCAGAAGUUUCCAUCCUACAUGAAGCGGCUGCGAGGAUCCAUAGCCACUUACAUCAUUCGGGAGCUGUAUUAUUUAAGUCAGAAAUACUACUUCCCUAACCUGACGGUGGCCGCCCUAAAGUGGGUGUACACGCGGUCGUUCGUCACGUCCACCGUUAUCGGCGUUUCCGACUUCCUGCAGCUGCGGGAAAAUUUGCACUCGCUCACGGAGGACGUGCUGUUUACGGACAAGCUGGAGCGCGAGAUAAACGCGCUGCACUGGAAGUUCAGGGACCCCAUCCGGAUCAUCCAGUGA